AUGGUAGGACACGAAUGGUUCUCUCGGAUUUGUUCAAGUUUCAAGAUUCGAAGACUGAUAGCCCUCUGUAAUGAACACAGGAUUCAUUCGAGGUUCGAUGUUCGAAGACGAAUGGUUCUCUCUAGGACACACCGGAUUUGUUCAAGUUUCAAGAUUCGAAGACUGAUAGCCCUCUGUAAUGAACACAGGAUUCAUUCGAGGUUCGAUGUUCGAAGACGAAUGGUUCUCUCUAGGACACACCGGAUUUGUUCAAGUUUCAAGAUUCGAAGACUGAUAGCCCUCUGUAAUGAACACAGGAUUCAUUCACGGUUCGAUGUUCGAAGACGAAUGGUUCUCUCUAGGACACACCGGAUUUGUUCAAGUUUCAAGAUUCGAAGACUGAUAGCCCUCUGUAAUGAACACAGGAUUCAUUCACGGUUCGAGGUUCGAAGACGAAUGGUUCUCUCUAGGACACACCGGAUUUGUUCAAGUUUCAAGAUUCGAAGACUGAUAGCCCUCUGUAAUGAACACAGGAUUCAUUCGAGGUUCGAUGUUCGAAGACGAAUGGUUCUCUCUAGGACACACCGGAUUUGUUCAAGUUUCAAGAUUCGAAGACUGAUAGCCCUCUGUAAUGAACACAGGAUUCAUUCGAGGUUCGAGGUUCGAAGACGAAUGGUUCUCUCUAGGACACACCGGAUUUGUUCAAGUUUCAAGAUUCGAAGACUGAUAGCCCUCUGUAAUGAACACAGGAUUCAUUCGAGGUUCGAGGUUCGAAGACGAAUGGUUCUCUCUAGGACACACCGGAUUUGUUCAAGUUUCAAGAUUCGAAGACUGAUAGCCCUCUGUAAUGAACACAGGAUUCAUUCACGGUUCGAGGUUCGAAGACGAAUGGUUCUCUAG